AUGGCGACGAAAGCUCAGUUUCUUCUUUUUGUGUCGGCUUACGAGCUCGAAUCCCAAGUCAUCGAUGCCAUUAAAUCAGAGCUUUCAAUACCCAUAUAUGCCAUUGGACCAGCAGGAAGUUUUCUCUCGGUCUCGAAUGCCCAAUUGGAAGAAAUCAUUGGCGGUGUGCGCGACAGUGGUGUAAGUUACAUGUGGAUUGCAAGGGGCGACGGAAUAUCUAGAUUUAAACAUGAAAAUGACGAAAAUGCCCUUGUUAUACCUUGGCGUGACCAAUUAAGAGUGUUGUGCCAUGGUUCCAUAGGCGCAUUUUGGUCACAUUGUGGUUGGAAUUCGACGAAAGAAGGUGCUUUUUCUGGUGUGCCGAUGCUCAUAUUUCCAAUAUUUUGGGAUCAAGUUCCAAAUAGUAAGAUGAUUGUGGAAGAUUGGAAGAUGGGAAAGAGGGUGAGGACCGAAGAGGGUAAUUUGGUCACUCGAGAAGAAAUUGCUAAACUCAUUAAGUGUUUUAUGGAUCGGGAAAGUGAAGAGGGGAAAGAGAUGAGGCAAAGGGCAUUGGAAGUCAAAAAGAUUUCUCGACAAGCAAUCGAAGAAGAAGGCUUUGCUCAAAUUGAUAUUGAUUCUUUCAUCAACGACAUUACAAAAAGUCACUAG